UCAGACGACUGAACAGAACUUCAGAGUAAAGCUCGCGAAACCAGCUGAAGAGAGGAGUUUUUUUCCCUGGUCAGUAUCAGAUCCUGAAACAAUGUCGAAUGCUAUUCCCAUGAACUCUUUUGUCAUCCAGCUGCAACAACCAAUACCAACAACAGCAAAUGCUCCUGCACCUGUUUAUGUCCAACAGAUAGGAGGACUUUCACUUCUUAAUGGACUUCGGGCAUUUCUAAAAGGCCAACCAAAAGCUCUUGGGACUGUUCAGAUAAUGAUCGGUGUGAUGACUCUCCUGUUUGGCAUUGUGGCUUCAGUUUAUGCAGAAACCAUUUUUGUCUUUAUUGGUUUUCCUUACUGGGGAUCUAUCAUCUACAUUAUUACAGGCUCACUCUGCAUCGCUGCAGAAAACAAACUUAAUUCACCCUCCAGUUACUGUUUGGUCAAUGGUUCACUUGGACUGAACAUCAUCAGUGCUGUAACCGCAGGCAUUGCCCUUAUUUUUAUUUCACUGGAUUUGGCUGUAGGACCAUUAUACACUUACCAGUACACUUACUGCAACAAUUCUAUAUGUUAUUAUGAUAAUGGAAAGUAUAAGACUCUCUCCAAGGGAAUCAGUGGUGUGUUGCUGGUAUUCACAUUGCUUCAGUUCAUCAUCUCCAUCUGUAUGUCAGCGUUUGCUUGUAAAGUCUCCUGUUGCUGUUGUCCUCCUGAGGUGAUGGUAGUUCCACAAGUUUUAAGUCCAAAGUCCCCUGAUUUCAAACCCAAUAAUUUCCAUGAUCUUAACAGAUCAGAGAUACCUGUGGUCAGCAGCUCCUCUAUGAACAACUGUCAUGAAGAACCUGAAUACACUAAUUGUGAAUAAAUGUUAAUUCUUGAAACAUGGGUUUUCCAACGAUUUCCUGUCCAUUGCCUUUAAUGUCUUUUCAUCACUCUAUCAGAUAAGUGGAUUUUUUUUUAAAUGUGUGUAAACAAAAACUAAUCAAGACUAGACAGACUAUUUCAUGAUUUUCUUUCUUUAGUUUCAAAAAAGUUGCAUAAUCAACAGUGAAACUGGAUAUAUUGAUUUGAAGAACUGUAAUUGCUUAAAACAUUAUAAUUUGUAAGAAUAAAAUAUAACGAAGGAUAAAUGUGUUAAUUCGUGU